GGUGCAGAAGGGCACCAGCCCCUCCCAGUUUGGGUGAGCAGAUUUGUGAUUAGUUAUCAGGCAGAAACCCACAAGCAAUUAACAGCUCUGACAUCAAGGGACGACGGGCAAAUAUAAAACCCUCAGCUCUCAGAGGGGUUUGGCGGCAAAUCCCCUCAGGAGUUGGAGCUUGAUUUUUCUCUAUGUGUGUCCGUCUCUGCACAAAGGGCCGCAGAACCAGAGCCUUGCUUCCAGCAGAAUGGAAGUUCAUAAACUCCUCUCUCUAGGAUACGUCUUCCUGCCCCUGCUGUUCACUCAGCAGGCGGGGGCUCAGUUUCCCAGGGAGUGUGCCACCACUGAGGCUUUGAGGAAUGGUGUGUGCUGCCCAGACCUGGCCCCCGUGUCCGGGCCUGGGACUGACCCCUGCGGCUCCUCAUCAGGGAGGGGCAGGUGUGAGGCAGUGACUGCAGACUCCCGACCCCACGGCCCCCAGUACCCGCAUGAUGGCCAAGACGACCGGGAGGGCUGGCCCACACGCUUCUUCAACAGGACGUGUCACUGCAAUGGCAACUUCUCGGGACACAACUGUGGGACUUGCCGUCCUGGGUGGAGAGGAACCGCCUGUGACCAGAGGGUGCUCACAGUCAGGAGAAACCUUCUGGAUUUAAGUACAGAAGAAAAGAACUACUUUGUCCGGGCCCUAGAUAUGGCGAAGCGCACAACUCACCCCCAGUUUGUCAUUGCCACGAGGAGGUCAGAAGAAAUCUUGGGGCCAGAUGGCAACACACCCCAAUUCGAGAACAUUUCCAUUUACAACUACUUUGUGUGGACACACUAUUAUUCGGUCAAAAAGACUUUCCUUGGGGCAGGCCAGGAAAGCUUUGGCGAAGUGGACUUCUCCCAUGAAGGGCCAGCUUUUCUCACGUGGCACCGGUACCACCUGCUGCAGCUGGAGAGAGACAUGCAGGAAAUGCUGCAGAACCCUUCCUUCGCCCUGCCUUACUGGAAUUUUGCGACUGGGAAGAACGUCUGUGACAUCUGCACCGAUGACAUGAUGGGCUCCAGAAGCAACUUUGAUCCCAACUUUAUAAGCCCGAACUCUGUCUUUUCUCAAUGGCGAGUGGUGUGUGAAUCCUUGGAAGAUUAUGAUACCCUAGGAACCCUCUGUAACAGCACUGAGGGGGCGCCAAUUAGGAGGAAUCCAGCCGGAAACGUGGCUAGACCAAUGGUGCAACGUCUUCCUGAACCACAGGAUGUCGCUCAGUGCUUAGAAGUUGGUUUAUUUGACACACCUCCUUUUUAUUCCAACUCUACAAACAGUUUCCGAAACACAGUGGAAGGUUACAGUGAUCCCAUGGGAAGGUAUGAUCCUGCUGUUCGAAGCCUCCACAAUUUGGCUCAUCUAUUCCUGAAUGGAACAGGGGGACAAACCCAUUUAUCUCCAAAUGAUCCUAUUUUUGUCCUCCUGCAUACUUUCACUGACGCAAUCUUUGAUGAAUGGCUGAGGAGAUAUAAUGCUGAUAUAUCCACAUUUCCGUUGGAAAAUGCCCCUAUUGGACAUAACAGACAAUACAACAUGGUGCCAUUCUGGCCUCCAAUUACCAACACUGAAAUGUUUGUUACUGCUCCAGAUAACCUGGGGUAUACUUAUGAAGUUCAAUGGCCAGGUCGGAGUUUCCAUAUUUCUGAGAUUAUUACCAUAGCGGUGGUUGCUGCUUUAUUGCUGGUUGCAGUCAUUUUUGUGGGCGCUUCUUGUCUGAUUCGUGCCAGAAGCAACAUGGAUGAAGCCAAUCAGCCUCUCCUCACUGACCAGUAUCGACACUACGCUGAAGAAUAUGAAAAAAUCCCGAAUCCUAAUCAAUCUAUGGUCUAACUAUAAAAAACCUAUUGUCUUACACCCUAGUCUUACAAAAGCUCUGGCUGAAAAAUAAUAGAUUGAGUUACUAACUGUAUUUUCUUUCACUCUGUUCCUUUCUUCCUAUGCACAUGUUGGAAUUAAAGCUCCAGGAAUCACUUUCCAGA